AUGGAAGCACCUGUAUUAAACAGCCCUGCGUCCUUGUGCUUUACUCCAGAGUAUUGUGAGCCUCAGAGCAGCAGCUCAGGAAAACAGCCAAUGAGUGCAACCCUUCGAGAAAGGUUGAAGAAAGCAAGGCGGUCCUUUAAUUCAACUUUGACUGUAGCAAAGCGUCUUAAAAUCAGUGAAGAAAAUGACCGCAUUACUUAUGAAGAGAUGACUUUAUCUAAAGAAGAACCAUGUUCCAUAUCACAAUAUGAGGGCAAACACUCUGAAAAAGUUUCUGACAAAAUCAUGUGUAUGAAAAGCGAUUUGCAAGGCAGAGAGCUUUGUGAGGAUGAAUAUAAUAGACUCAGUAAAACUGGACAGAAUUCUUCACCAGUUUUGUUAGAAACUAAUUGCAAUCAGUCAAAUCUACUAGAGGAGAAGAUGAAAUUGGUGAAGCAGAUUCAGGAAAAGGAGGAACUUCUUCGAAGACUUAAGCUGGUCAAGAUGUACAGAUCAAAGAAUAACCCGACAGAAUUGCAGUCUCUGAUAGCAAAAUGGCGAGGCAGUUCCCAAACAAUACUGUAUGAGCUACAGUCGGCGUUGUCUACAGACGGCAAGAAAUUAAGUAUUACGGAGCUGAUAGACAAUUUUGGAUUAGAUGAUCAACUGCUACAUUAUAUCAGAACAGAGGAAGAUUUUACAGAUGCAUGACUAUAAGCAAUUUAUCUAA